GGAUUUGUUGGGGGUGGGGCUGAUCUUGCGGAUGGAAAUGACCAGAAACGAGUUUUGUUCUACACAGCGCAUAGCACAGGGGAUCGUAAUGGAUAUAGCAGUGCUGGAUGACCAAGUGGAUAAUGAAUUAUUGCAGAGAUUUUAAGCAAUGCUGAUAAACUAAGAUGUAACCCAUUUCAUUUUAACAGGGUUAAGUAAGGUAUUGACGUUUCUACCCACUGAAGAUUAUUGAGAAUUAUUGAACACACAGAAGAGAGUGUGAAGUUGCUUUUUCUGUUUUAAACCACUCAUAUUUAAACUGAAUCUCCAAGAUGGGGAAUGGAUUAUCAGAACAGAGUCCCAUUUUGUCAAGUUUUCCGUCUUUUCAGGCUUUCCAUAUUGCUAUUCUGGGCUUGGACUGUGCAGGGAAAACCACAGUUUUGUAUCGACUACAGUUCAAUGAAUUUGUUAACACUGUCCCGACGAAAGGAUUUAACAGUGAGAAGAUCAAAGUAACUCUGGGAAGUUCCAGAACAGUGACUUUCCACUUCUGGGAUGUGGGCGGCCAGGAGAAGUUAAGACCUCUGUGGAAAUCAUACACAAGAUGCACGGAUGGCAUCAUUUUUGUAGUAGACUCUGUGGAUGCAGAAAGGAUGGAAGAGGUCAAAACAGAAUUGCAUAAAAUAACAAAGAUAUCUGAAAACCAAGGCGUGCCCAUUCUGCUAAUCGCAAACAAACAGGACCUAAGGAAUUCAUUAACUCUUUUAGAGAUUGAAAAAAUGUUAGCACUACAUGAACUAAGUUCCUCCACCCCUUGGCACCUGCAACCCACAUGUGCAAUCAUAGGGGAUGGACUCAGAGAAGGACUGGAGAAACUUUAUGAAAUGAUUGUAAAACGGAGAAAGAUGUUAAGGCAGCAGAAAAAGAAGAGAUGAACUGCAGUUUGCAAGUGAAGCUGUAUUUCUGAUGUUGUUAUUUGCCAUGAGUGGAUCGAGGGUCACUGUUUUAGUCAGUUGACUGAUGUCAUGCCUGCAGUAAGUGGUUACAGCUGAAGCUCAGUUAAUGCUGUGCAAGCUGUAUCGAUGCAUGAAAGCUGUCCAGAAACUGCUAGUUCUACUCAUUGUUAUCAUUAGAUCAUAGAACAAAUACUAAAUGUACCUGUUCAGUGUUUCAUUAGAUGGAAAGAAUGUUAUUCGCAGAUAAGGCCAAAGUGACAAAGUAAAAGGUGAAGGUAUAGUGGUCCCAUUUUAUGAGGACAAAAGGCUUGACACUUUUUUUAGUGUUGAUUCUUUUUCAAAUUAAUAUGCCUUUUGACUUAUUUCUCAGUGAGCACAAUGCUGGUAUCUACCAAAAGCCCUCUAUAUUGAUUAUUAAAAAGACUUGCUGCUACCCAUUGAUCAUUAGAUAAUUUGAAUAGAUACUAUAUUGACACAUUCACGUGUCUGUUGUGAGAUUUUCUUGGAAUUGUAUGAAUCCAUAAAGGCUUGCAUGAGAAUCGUAUUUUUCUGAAGUCAAAAGUAUGGGCUAAAUCUGAAGGGAUAAAAAAGCAGCAGACAUUUUUUUGAUGUUGCUGUUUUAUUUUAAAAAAGGUCAAUAUUCCUAACUGCAAAUAGAAAGCAUACAUUCUCCUGAUUACUGGGUAUAGUGUAAUAAGAACAUGUAACAGAUUGGUCUUUUGCAAUACAAAGUUGUACUAAACUUGACUUUUGGCCACUGUGAAAGCUAGAAUGGUUCCAUGCUGUAUCCUUUUCUUAUUGAGCUGAUCAAUAAAAGGGGGUGUAAGUCUUAACCAAUGAACAUGUCAAUGUAAAGAAAGGAAAAUAAGAAAAAAAUCUGUUUUUAUGUAUUUCUUUUUUUAAAAAGCAAAACAAAAGUAUAGCUACUUGGUUUUUGCUUGCACAAAUCUAUUUGUAUUGAGCUGCCUGACGUUCAAACAUGAAAAUUGUGCCUAAUUAGGUUUUAUUGUAGGUAAUGUGCUGUACUUGCUUAGUCCUUUUCCGUUUAUGCUUUCACCCUCUGUGUUUCCACUUGCUUCCUUGAGAAAUGGAUUAGGACUGGUAUUGUACUCUCAGUCUCAAGAUUGUGUAUUUGUACAUCUGUACCAAUUCAAAACAGCUGUAUUGUAAAUAUGCUUCCACAUAGGGAUGGUAAUUUAGAAUUGUUUCCUGUUCGAAUACACAGGGGCCAACAUUUUCGUGUAUUCGAAUACCCGAAAUAAAGAAUAAAAGGCAAAUACAUAUGUGUACUACAGCAGACAUCGUAAAACGUGUAAGCCUCUAAAGUUUAAGUUCACUCUUCGGAGGAGCUGGCCGGGUUCACGAAGUGUACAAACAAUGUCCAAGAUGAGAUUUCUUUCCAAAGUUACUUGGUUUAUUCAAUAGCCUGUAAAUAAUAAUAAUAUGAAAAAGUGAACAUACCUGGUUGUACUUUAUGGUCAGUGCAAAUGUUGACGUUACUCAGAAAGUCAACAGUAGAUGUUUUACAUUAUACUGCAGUCCACAGAGUUAAAAAUAAAUAAAUAAAAAAUACUCCACGCUGUUUUCUCAGGCAUUGUGGUGUUCUGCUUAGUAUUUAGUAUGUAUUUAUAUUCAACAUAUAGCUAAAUUAGCAUUCUAAUUUAAAUGUUACUGAAGUUAGGCUUCCUUUUUAGUACUUGCUACAUCCAUUUGUUUACAAAUUUAAAGUUAGCUGGGGCCGUGCUCCCGGAAGUUGUAUCAUGACUGCCUAGCAACAGCGGCUGUGUGCUGUCAUUACAGGGGAAGACAAGCAGGGGAUCUGUUAACAUUAGCUGAAAACAAGGCAACAGAAUUGGCAACAAUUUCAAACAGAAUGUGUUUACUGUAGAAUUUUGCUGUUACAAGCAUUGCAUGAUUAAUUAGCCCUUACGUAUAAUAUGCCUCAUUCACAUGAACGCACAGGGUUUGACACUGAUUUUGAACACUUGUCAAGCAUCAGAUGUGUUUGCUUCUACUAGUAGCUAACAUAAGUCUUUUUUUGUGUACUUGAAUAUGUAAUAUGCUAUUCGAAUAUUUUUUUAUUUUCAUGUAAUCAUGUAUGCGACUACACUGACCCAUCCCUACUUCCACAUUCUACAAAGAUAUUUAAAAUGCACUUUAGUUGUCUGUUUUCUGCAUCUAGUAACAUCAUUUUUAUGGAGUCUGAUAAUUUGUAUUUAAAGAGCGUGAAGUAGCUUCUAAAGGAGCUUACAUAAAUUAGUUACAUGUUGUUACCAUCUGCACUAGUUGCAUUGAAGUCACUGAAUGGGUAAUGUUUAUAUUUAUAUCAAUUAGAAAAAAUGUUAGAUCUUAAUAAACAACUAUACAAAUGAACUCAAA